AAGUAAAAUCAGCUGACCCUGUCUUCCAAGCGUCAAAUGCGUAUUUAUAAAUAGUGUACGUGCGAGUUCGUUGGAAGCUGAACUUACUUUUCAAUAACCAAAUAUCAAAAUGGUUGAUAUGAAAAGUAAUGUGAAUUUUACGUGCCAGCGAUGUUUACAACCUCUUAGACUAGAUCAGAGUUUUCAUCAUCUUGAAGAACACGCGCUAGCAGAACUUUCACGUAGUUGUUUAUUCGAUAUAGUUCCUAUCCAACAACAAGUGGUGAAUGAUUUAGAGCAUCAGAGUACAAGUAUAGAACAUUUAGUACCACCAUUUAAAUUGACUGAAUCUGCAAAUGGUACAAAUGGGUUUAUGUUAGUUGGAGAUUCUGGAGAAACAGAAAGUUUAAGUCACCAUUUAAAGGUACGAGCAACACUAUUUGAUAUUCUUAGCAGUAGUAGUUCUGCUGAUCAUCCACUUUGUGAUGAAUGUGCGGAUAGUCUUUUAUUGUUAAUGGAUCAACAAUUAAGAAUGACUGAAGGAGAAUGGUCAGACUAUAAUGAGUACUUAAAAAAGUUAGAAAUAGAACAGCAACAUCAGGGUCAUGAAGAUGUAGAAAUGGAAACUCUCACAAAAGAAUUACAGGAUGUGAAGUCUGAAGAAGAGAGAAUGAUAAAUGAAUUAGAGGCAUUAAGAAAAGAAGAAAUUGCAACUAGAAAUGCCAUAGCUCAACAAGAGAGGGAAAGAGAAAGAUUACAAAGUGAAGAAGAAAGGUAUUGGAGAGAAUAUUCAAAACAUAAGAGAGAUCUCAUAUUAGCAGAAGAUGAAUACCGUAGUUUGGAGUGUCAGUUAGCUUAUGCUGCUUCACAACUAGAGAGACUGAAGAAAACAAAUGUUUUCAAUGCUACAUUUCAUAUUUGGCACUCAGGACAUUUUGGAACUAUAAAUUCUUUCCGGUUAGGUAGAUUACCAAGUGCACCAGUAGACUGGAGUGAAAUAAAUGCUGCUUGGGGACAGACCACUUUGCUAUUAACAGCUCUUGCUAGGAAAAUGAAUCUCACAUUUAAACGUUUUCGUCUAGUACCAUUCGGUAAUCACAGUUAUAUUGAAGCUUUAGAUCAACAUAGAGAACUACCACUAUAUGGAAGUGGAGGAUUUAAAUUCCUAUGGGACACAAAAUUCGAUGCAGCAAUGGUAGCAUUCCUCGAUUGUUUGCAACAAUUUAAGGAACAGGUGGAAAAAGGAGACAGUGGAUUCUGUCUUCCAUAUAGGAUGGACCGUGGAAAAAUAGAAGACUCUGCAACAGGAAAUUCUUAUUCCAUCAAAAUUCAAUUUAAUUCGGAAGAACAGUGGACCAAGGCACUGAAAUUUCUGUUAACUAAUUUAAAAUGGGGCCUUGCUUGGGUUAGUUCCCAGUUCACAAAAGAUGAAGCUGAACAUUAACUUCAUAUUGGUUUAUGCAAAUUCAUCCAUUCUUAAUCACACAUCUCUUUUACAUUGUCUUGUGUAAAUACACGUGUUAUUUGUAAAUAAAUUCAGUUAAAGGAUAA